CUCUUCGCAACCAGUCACCAUCAAAAAACGCGAAUAUCGCCGCAAUGCACACGGACGACAUUUAUCAUCACUGAUAACAGAAAAACAAAACAAAAACAAAACAAAAAGUGUAAACACUAAUCUUGACACUUGAAUUGGAUAAGUGCUUUUGUUAUUUGUUGUGUUGUGUGUUCCACCCUGACAGUGACCCCCAAAUUAAAGGAAUUUUAUUUUCUAUUCGCAUGCUAAAUAAGUAAAUAUGAAAAAACCCAAGGAAUUAGUACCCUUCCGCUGUGAUGGGAUCUAGAAGAAGUACAUUUGGGAACACUUUCUAGGACCGUUUUUGAAAAGAAAAAUUUCUGUGAUUGAUACUUUUAUACCGAGUGAUUAAUAUUGUUGAGUGCAAGUGACUGUUUUUUGUUUCUUUGCUUUUCAGCAAAAGAAAAAGGAAUUAUAUUAUUGUCAGUAGAGAGAAACAAAAAUUGGAAUUGUCAUUCUCUAAAUAGAGAGAAAGAAAAGUUUUUGUAUAGAGAAUUUUUUUCUGUGAAUCUCGCAUACAGAUGCGUGAUUAUUUAAAAGUGCGGAGAAGCGCGACCGUCGCUAUUGGAAACGAUCCAAAAAUUAACGGUUGUUAAAUUUAAGGAGAAAAAAAGAAAGAAAGGAAGGAAAGAAAAGAAAAGUAUAGUGUUUAGUAGGGCAAAUGUACUGACUGCCUAAUGAUGAUGUACUCGCCGGAUAAGAUGAUGGGAAGUAAGGGACUCCAUGGGGCACCAAUUUCUGCUCCAGGAUGUUUUCCCUCCGGAAGGUAUUCGCCGCCGUCGUAUCGUUCGGGUCCCGAUCCCAUGGCGCCGCCGCCUAGACGUUGUAUGCCUAAUCCUACUAGUCGAAUAUUGGAAGAUGCAUCCAUAAUGUGUAAUUCCUGGUCACCGAGGCACAAUGGUGACAUAUUCGGAGGCCUAAACAGUGGUCUACAGGACGGUCUGCUUUCUAGGGCAGAGGCUCUGGCUGCGGACCUUGGAAAACACAAUGGGGGCACACCAAUGCCCCUAAAGCAUGAUCCCGUCUCUGUCUAUCAUCAUGGGGCGCACAUGCCAACCCCCCAUCCUAAUAAUCGGCCACAUCAUCAGAUGAGCCAUCCGGGAAUGGAGAGUUUGGACAUGCUGGACCCAGCCAAUUCAAUGACGACAUUGACCCCAAUGUCGGACAGUUCGGGCGGCGGCGGAGGAGGCGGUGGACCCGGACAUCAUGCCGGAAUUCACGGUCCCUCAGUUUACGGUGGAAUGAAUGGAAUGAUGAGUCAUCACCACCAUCACAGCAAUAUCAGUGGCAGUGUUCCUCAUCCCCAUCAUCACCCAGCGAUGGCAGCGGCCGCCGCUGCAGCAGCUGCCGCUGGCCUGCAUCCCGACGCCGACACCGAUCCCCGCGAACUCGAGGCAUUCGCCGAGAGGUUUAAGCAGAGACGCAUCAAACUCGGCGUCACGCAGGCCGACGUUGGCAAAGCACUGGCCAAUUUGAAACUUCCCGGCGUUGGGGCCCUGUCCCAAUCGACGAUAUGUCGCUUCGAAUCGUUGACAUUGUCACACAACAAUAUGAUUGCACUGAAGCCAAUACUGCAAGCGUGGCUCGAGGAGGCCGAGGCUCAGGCGAAAAAUAAACGACGCGAUCCCGACGCACCGUCAGUGUUGCCGGCCGGCGAGAAGAAACGCAAGAGAACAAGUAUCGCGGCACCGGAGAAGAGAUCGCUCGAGGCAUAUUUCGCCGUACAACCGCGACCGUCGGGCGAAAAAAUUGCGGCUAUCGCUGAAAAAUUAGACCUCAAGAAGAAUGUUGUCAGGGUCUGGUUUUGUAAUCAACGACAAAAGCAGAAGCGCAUGAAAUUUGCGGCUCAACAUUGACCCGAGGGUGGCUUGUGACAGCAAAACUGACUGUAUGCCCCGCCGAAUCUUGAACCUAAACCCGAACCACUCUCUGAAUAUCAGGGCUGGCCCUGAAUUUUCAGUUUAAUACUCUGAAUAUUCAAAUGUAUAUUAGCGUUAAAUUAGAAAGCGUUAAAUAUACACAGUUUGGAAGAAUUAUUUGGACAAUUUGUUGGACGGUAUUCCAAAACUAUACAAAUACUCCUAAAGCUUAUCCUAAACUCACACGUCACACCUAAUUAUCUGAAUCGGAUUCUAAUAUUGGAUUCUAAUUCUAAUGCAAAUGCUCCUAAAAGAUUGUCCUAACCUAACCCAAAUCAUCUCAACAGGAUCCUAAGCUCUAACAGCAUCUACACUUGCAGCAACAUUGACAACAUUGCCUCAAUGUGCCUCAUUGUGAAACUUGCAUCAAUGUUGUCAAUGUAAUUGCUAGUUUAGAUACUGAGGGGGAUACUCCACAGUUCUAAAACUUGUCCUGAUGGUCAAUCAUAAACAGUGUAUAAUCGGAUUCUAACUAAAAAUUAUCUUCAAAUUUUCUUCAUCAAAAAUAAUAUUGAUAUUCAAUCUGAACCUAUUAUCUAAUUGGAACAAAUUAAUAAUUCCUAAAACAAAUUUAAUGUGGAUCUGUUAAUAGUAUUCGAAAUUCUGAUCUUGAAGUAC